AUGGAUGAACAAAUUGGAGACAUUUCGAAUGGCUAUGCAACUGAAGACAUAGAUAGUUAUGAGAGAGAUUCUGAUGACAUGAUUAAGAAAAAAAGGUUUUCUAAGUAUGAUGAGGCAGAAAUGUGUAGAGAGUAUGAGUUUAAGGUUGGGUUGGAGUUCAAAACACUGUCCCAGUUUAAAGAUGCAAUUAAGGAGCAUGUCUUAUUGAAUGGGAGAGAUGUUAAGUACAAGAAGAAUGACAAUUUGAGGUGCAGAGUUGUGUGUAAGGGACAAAAAGAAAAGUGCAAGUGGAUUUGCUUUGCAAGUAAGGUAGGAGGAUCUGAUUGUUUUAGGAUAAAAACCUUAAAGGGCAAGCAUACCUGUGGGAGGAGUUAUAGUGGUAGGCUUGCUUCUAGUGAGUGGAUUUCAAAAAGGAUUGUCAACAACAUUAGUCGUGGAGAAGAUAUGCGGCUGACCACUAUUAUUCAAACAACUCAGGAUAAGUAUAUGGCAAAUGUUAGUGUUGGAAAGGCUUACUGGGUAAGGAGAAAAGCAAGGAAAGAAGUACAUGGAAGGGCCAUACUACAAUAUGCCAAAUUGAGGGAUUAUUGUGCUGAGAUUUUAAGGAAAAAUCCAGGGUCCAAGCUUAAUAUUAUUGUGGAUAGGCCAUCUUUAACACACCAACCACGAUUCAUGAGGAUGUACACGUGCCUCGAUUCGGUGAAGCAGGGCUUCUUGGUUGGUUGUAGGCCAAUCAUAGGAGUGGACGGGUGUCACUUGAAAGGGGACCAUGGUCAACAGUUACUAGUUGCAGUAGGGAGGGAUCCUAAUGACAAUUAUUUUUCAAUUGCUGUUGCAGCAGUGGAGGCGGAAACAAAGGACAGCUGGGGAUGGUUCCUUGAUUUGUUGCUGGAUGAUAUCGGUGAAUCAAGAAGAUGA